ACUUCCCCCUUGGUUUCAUAUUGUGAAACCAUGUCGGCUUAUGUUCCAAAGGAGGCGGGGGUAAGCCUGCCAGUGCCCGGGGGUACCGUGGGGACCGAGGCUAGCCAUUCCGCUGGGGUUGUGUCACCGGGUCUCGAAGCGACGGUUUCUUCUAAGUCGGGAGAUUCUAGGCCUCCCCUGCCCCCCGGUGCAGAGGCGGAGUCAGAAAAUGGCAGUUUGCCGAAGACAGAACGUAUUGGACAGGAGGAGAAAGUACCAGAACCUGACUCCGGAAGUCACGAAGAGAUUCCUGAGGUUUGCACCCAGUAUGAACUAGGUUCAGACGGGUUGUCUGUGCCGUAUGAAGUGAGGGUGCCGGGUACAGCAGCCCUCCUGUACCCACGGACACGAGACCUCAAGGUUCACUUGACAACUAACCCUAAAUCGGCAUUGUUCGUUUGCGGAUUACCAACCACUAUACAAUGA